AUGGCGAGCUGCCGGCGGCUGAGCGGCGCGGGGCUGCGGGAGGUGCUGGGCCCGGCGCAGGGGCUGCUCUUCGACUGCGACGGCGUGCUGUGGGCGGGCGAGCGCGCCGUCCCCGGCGCUCCCGAGCUGCUGGAGCGGCUGCGGCGCAGCGGCAAGGCCGCCCUCUUCGUCAGCAACAACAGCCGCCGCUCCGUGGCCGAGCUGGAGCGGCGCUUCAGCCGCCUUGGCUUCCGCGGCGUCCGCGCCGAGCACGUCUUCAGCUCCGCGCUCUGCUCCGCGCUCUUCCUCCGCCAGCGCCUCCUCGGCGGCGGCGGCGGCGGGGGGAUCGGGAACGGGGGCGGCCGCGUCUUCGUGCUGGGCGGCGAGGGGCUGCGCGGCGAGGUGCGCGACGCCGGCCUGCGCCUGGCGGGCGAGGGCGAGCCGGCGCCCGGCGCCGCCGAGCCGGUGCGGGCCGUCCUGGUGGGCUACGACGACCAGUUCACCUUCGCCAAGCUGGCGCAGGCCUGCGGCUACCUGCGCGACCCGCAGUGCCUCCUGGUGGCCACCGACCCCGACCCCUGGCACCCGCUCAGCGACGGCCAGCGCACCCCCGGGACUGGCAGCCUCACAGCCGCGGUGGAAACCGCUUCGGGCCGCAAGGCACUGGUGGUGGGGAAGCCGAACACCUACAUGUUUGAUUGCAUCGUGGAGCGUUUCGGCGUUGACCCAUCCCGCACCCUCAUGGUGGGAGACCGUCUGGAGACAGAUAUCCUCUUUGGCAAGAACUGCGGCCUCUCAACCAUCCUUACCCUGACAGGUGUCUCCCGCCUGGAAGAGGCGCAGGCCUACAUGGCCAGCGACAGCGCUGCUGCCAGGGAUCUGGUGCCCAAUUACUAUGUGGACAGCAUUGCGGACUUGAUACCGGGCCUUGAUGAGUAGCACUCUGUACAUGUGAGGGCAGAGGGGUCGGGUUCCCCAUCCCAGA